UACACCAAAUCUUCUUUGCAUAAAAGUCACAGAAUUGUGGGAGUUUAGUUUUGCACAAAAAUGGCCAAUUUGUGGCCAAAUCUAAUCUGUGCAUUGGCAGUAGUCUUAUUAGCCAUCAAUGUAGCAGCUGAUGAUGAUCACAAGCCUUAUGUUUAUGCAUCUCCACCUCCACCACAUUACUUGUACAAAUCCCCUCCACCACCACAUUACCGCCACAAAUCACCACCUCCAUACCACAAGAAGUCUCCUCCACCACCGCAUUACCGUUAUGAGUCCCCACUACCACCAUCUCCGUCACCACAACCUCCUCCUUACAUCUACAAAUCCCCACCUUCUCCAUCUCCAUCACCACUGCCUCCCUAUGUCUACAAAUCCCCACCUCCCCCAUCUCCAUCACCUCCUCCACCCUACAUCUAUAAAUCUCCACCACCUCCCUCACCGUCUCCUCCACCUCCUUACAUUUACAAAUCACCACCACCACCAUCUCCAUCACCUCCUCCUCCAUACAUCUACAAGUCACCACCUCCCCCAUCACCAUCACCUCCUCCUCCCUACAUCUAUAAAUCUCCACCACCACCCUCAUCAUCCCCCCCACCUCCUUAUAUUUACAAGUCACCUCCACCACCUCCUCCUUCACCUCCUCCUCCAUAUGUCUACAAGUCACCACCUCCUCCAUCUCCAUCACCUCCUCCUCCAUAUGUCUACAAGUCACCUCCUCCACCCUCUCCCUCACCUCCCCCUCCAUAUAUUUACAAAUCACCACCACCACCACCCCCAUCUCCGUCACCACCUCCACCCUAUGUCUACAAGUCACCUCCUCCUCCAUCCCCUCCACCCCCUCCACCUUAUGUUUAUAAAUCUCCUCCACCACCAUCCCCACCACCGCCAUCCCCAUACUACUAUAAAUCACCACCACCUCCGAAAUACUAAAACUAAUCAUUAUGUAGUACUAAUAAUCACCUUAUUAGGUGAUAAAAGGAAUAAUUGCUGCUCAUCAUGAAGUAAUCAGAUACUCUCGUGAGGGUUGGUUUAUUAGAAUCGUCCACUAAGGUCAAUUAAGGCAGUCCGACGUUCUAGACAUGAAGCUGUGGACGCGCGCUUUGCAUACUUUUAAAAAAUAAGCUUUUUUUUUUGGAAGCCACUUGAUAUA